AUGCCGAAAUGUAGUCCUUGUGAAAUUGCUUCGACGAUCACCACUCCUACCCAAGUCAUCCGCCUCUCUAUAUCCUCGGUGUCCAGAAACGGCGAUGCCAGAAGUCCCAUUCUUAGCGUUGGGCUUCCUUCACCGCCCUCGAAUAUCACUAUCUUAUCGUCGCUAACAGGGCAUGAAUGCAUCUACGAAUUCUUGACCGACUACUCUGGAUUACGCUCCCGGCCGGGUUUCGUCAAAGAUUGCAUUGAUAGUCUUGCCGAAGGCGUACCAGGAAUACCUCGUCAAUUUCUCCACUUGACUACUUCUCGACACAAUGGUAGUCCAGAUACCGGAAAGGAGAAAGUGUGCGGUAUUCGAUACCAAAGAGUGAGGCGGACUGUCGCCAUGGAUCCUUUUCUUCCUGGGCAGAGACACGAGGAUAAGUCGGUACUACCACGACAAGUCUUGCAAUGCAGGACUGAUUUUUGGGAGGUUUCGAGCGCUGUUCUGAGGCAUAAGGCUUCAAUAUCAGGUGUUACUUCUUCACUUGAAAUGGCUGGUUCCUCAACUGAAGAUACGAUUCUUCCUUCGUAUUCCGAGGCUGGCCCGCCUGCAACGCCUCCCGCACCCCAAUUAUUCACUAACAUAUCUGGAGCCGGUUCAAAAACGGGUCGCUGGAGUCCCAAGCAGUUGCCCGCCAUGGUAAUCUCUGACCGGACCUUUACCCCGCAGUGCUCAAUUUCCUGCUUCAGAAUAGUACAACUCACCCUGUUCCCUCAAUUUGUAGGCUGGAAUCUUCACCGAGAAUUUCUUGGGUAUUCGCUGGCAGCGGACACGUCGUUAUCAAGGGCCGCUGUUGCCGACGAUCAGAAGAGCGACGAUGUGUUGGCAGUGGAUAUAUGUGGCUUCAGAGUUUCUGUUAACGUCGUGGAGGUGCUCCGCAUCUCCGUCUCAGCUACGAGCAUCAUUGAUCGGAAAGCAACACCCGAAGUAUGUGCGACGUCAUCCAAAUCCAACUCUGGGUCUAUAUGGACAGUACCUAAGUGGAAACACAAGUACGUGGCUGCCGCUAUGCCAGUGCCUUGUCUCCAAUGCUUGCUACUCCCAAGAGCACUAGAAGCCAAACAUGGAUAUAUUAGCCGCAGCUGGGCAGCAAUGCCGUAUAGUGAUAGUAGCGCAGUUCUCUGGAUGGCACCACAUCUCGUCGCUGCACACCCCGAUGCUCGAGAGUCAUUUCAUUCUGGCGAGAGCGCACAGAAGUUACCGUUGAACCUUGCGGUCGGUGUCGAUAUCUGGAAACGCCCGAAGCGCCCUCGUGGGGAGUAUGAGCUGACGCCUUCACCGGAGGCUUUGAAGCCUAACACUCGGUCCACCUGUCCUGAAUAUAUCGCUGAGUCGAUCUUCAAGGAGUUUCCCCAGCAUGAGACCAACUUUUCCCCAACCUGGACACAAGUUGGCCCUUCCGAUGCUAUACCUUUUAAUCAUCUUCUCGUGCGAGUUUGGGACUACGACAACUUUGAUCCUUGCACAUACAUCGACUCACACGUACCCUUCCGCUCUCCCACGCACCCUGAAACGAGAUACUAA